AUGCCAAAGCUAGAAAUCCCAGAAUUACCAAGGCCAAAAGUCCCAGAGCUUCCAAAGAUAAAAGUCCCAACAAUGCCAAAGCCUGAAGUAACAACUAUGCCAAAGCUAGAAAUCCCAGAAUUACCAAGGCCAAAAGUCCCAGAACUUUCGAAGCCAGAAGUACCAACUAUCCCAAAGCCUGAAAUCUCAGAACUACCAAAGCCAAAAGUCCCAGAACUUCCGAAGCUAGAAGUACCAACUAUCCCAAAGCCUAAAAUUCCAGAACUACCAAAGCCAAAAGUCCCAGAACUUCCAAAGCUAAAAGUUCCAACAAUGCCAAAGCCUGAAAUCCCAGAACUGCCUAAACCAACUUUUCCUUCACUUUCUCCACCAUACAAACCCGCUACUCCUUGA